GAGAGGGAUCCCUUCUAGGCACGACCAAUAACAGUAGCCUCAACACCUUUUGAGUGUAUCAAGCCAAUUCAAGAAUAGAUCCUCCAGAUGACCGCUCACUGACGGACCAUAAAUGGCGCUUAACAGCACAAACACAACUGAGACACCCUGCGAUCAAGUGCAGAAUUCGAGUAUGACACGCGACUCACCAAAGAAUGAAGGCGCGUGCGGCGUUGCCCGGCGCGCCAGCAGGGAAUGGUGGCUUCACGUGGGUCUGCUGUGCAUUCCUCUGGUUGCCGUGUAUCUGCACAUCCCUCCUCCAGAACUCUCAUCUGCGCUUAACACUUGGCGUUCUUCCGGACACUUCUUCGCAUUCAGAGGCAACGACAUCUUCUAUAAAGAGUCAUUUGGUGUUGUGGGAAGCUCUGAUGUUCUCUUGCUACUUCAUGGUUUUCCUACUUCCAGCUAUGACUGGUACAAGAUCUGGGAUUCUCUGACUCUUCGCUUCAACAGAGUCAUUGCCCUUGACUUCCUGGGCUUUGGUUUCUCAGACAAACCGAGACCACACCGUUACUCCAUCUUUGAGCAGGCUAGUGUGGUGGAGGCCCUGAUUGCUCAUUUAGGUCUGUCAGAGCAGAGGAUCAAUGUUCUGUCACAUGACUAUGGAGACACUGUAGCUCUCGAGUUACUGUACAGGAGUGACCAUAACAGGACUGGACACAUCACCAUAAACAGCCUCUGUCUCUCAAAUGGAGGUAUAUUUCCAGAGACUCAUCAUCCAAGAUUCAUGCAGAAAGUGCUAAAAGACUCUGGCAUCAUUUCACCUUUACUUACUCGCCUCAUAAACUUCCAGCUGUUCUCUAGAGGAAUAAGGGAUGUUUUUGGACCAUACACUCAGCCAACCGAAGCAGAGUUCUGGGACAUGUGGACAGGCAUUCGCUUUAAUGAUGGAAAUCUGGUCAUGGACAGUAUCCUACAGUACAUUAACCAGAGGCUGAAGCACAGAGACAGAUGGGUGGGGGCCCUAACCUCAACUUCAACACCAUUGCACAUGAUCUAUGGACCACUAGAUCCAGUUAAUCCACACCCCCAGUUUAUCCAGCACUACUGGAAACUAGUCCAGAGAUCCACAGUAUCGGUUCUAGAUGAGCAUGUCAGUCAUUAUCCACAGCUGGAGGAUCCCACUGGCUUCAUCAAAGCCUACCUCAGCUUUAUCAACUCAUUCUGAGCUAAAACCUUAUACGAGGACCAGAGAGAGCUCUACAUUAAUUCAGUUCUACAUUAAUCAUGAGAAUUAAGAUUUUACAGAGGAAAAUGGACGUUAAGCAUUCUCAAAUGACUAGUUUGGAAUAUUGUCCCAAAUAAGCUUUGGCACAAGUGGGGAAAAAGGAUAUUCCAGUCUAUUUGUUUUCAAGCAAUAAAGUAUAAGUUGCAAAAUACAAGUAUUGUACCAAAUGUCUGAGCAAUCGUCAUUGCUUUAUUAGUGAUUGUGGCCCAGGGGUGCACAACACAAGAAAAUUAGCAAAGCAAAUAUAGUUUGAAAACACAACGGAAAUAAGCCACAACUAAAUAAAUUCGGAAUUACUUGGUUGUCCUGUAGUGCUCUGGACAACGCAUACCUUGGUUGGGUGUCUACCAGAACUCCUUUUUUAUAACUUUAACACUUCCAAAGGCAGUGCUUAAAGAGGGGCGGUAUGCCAUACCAGUAAUGAUCUGAAAAUGAUGUCACAGGGCACAGAUCUUUUUCCCACUUCAAGGACUAGCCAAAGGUAUAAAAUUGAUUUAUAUUCAGAACUACAUCUGUAGCAUACACAAAGUCUCGUCUGUUUAGUUUUCAAAAUGGAAACACAUUCCACAUUGACUGGGAACUUCUCUUGCUUAUUCUGAGCCGCCUUUAGAUCUCACAUGCACAGAGACAAACUGUAACAUGAAACACACAAAAAAACUAACUAGUAAGUUUCACUGUUUUUGCAGAUUCAUUUUGUUGUAUUGUGGCUUAUUUCUUUUGUGUUUUUAAGCUUUAUUUGCUUUGCUAAUUUGGUUGUGUUGUGCUUCACACAGGGACCACCGUAAUUAGAUCUUUACAUGGUUUUUUCCUUUUGCUUAAAUGGAAAAUGCUGUAAUGACAAAAUAAUGUAAAUUGUAAAUAAAUGUGUUAAGCAUUAAUUCAAAUAAAUAGGUCU